AUGUUUCAAGCUUUGGCCCAUUUUAUGGGCGUACCCUUGAUGCAGAUAAAUGUGAUAUCUGCUGAGAUUCUUGCCCUCGUCUUCGCUUUCGCCUAUCGUCAUUAUCUAUGUCCAACAAAAGUUUCUGUUCUCACCAGACAAGUAUCAGCAGCCAGUCUGGGAAUGUGCUUGCUGUAUUUUGUGUAUGGAAGUCAAAGUAUCCAUGUGUUUAUACACUCAGCAAUUUGUUACACGACCCUGCUGUUAUUACCAACGUCUAUCAUUCACAUUGCGACCUUUAUACUAUCGAUGUCGUAUCUCAUGUGUAUACAUCUGUGGAGGGUACUUGCAGUUGACAUCCAGAAAUAUCCCCUAGAUGUUUCAGGUCCGCUCAUGUUGUCCACACUGAAAGUGACCAUUGUAGCAUUCGGAUUACACGAUGGUUUACAUCGCAAACCAGAGACAUUGAUUGAUAACCACAAGAGACAUUCUCUCAGGCAAAAGCCAUCUUUUCUAGAAUACUUGAGCUACAUAUUUUACUUCCAAAGUGUUGUGGCAGGUCCACCAGCCUUUUAUUGUGACUAUCAAGACUUUGUGAGAGGAGAAAAUAUUCACCUUCCAGUCAAUUCACAAAGUGAUAUGGAAAUAAAUUCAAAUGACAGAAAAGAUGGCGAUAUAAAUGUUGAACUUGUGAAAAAUUCCAAGAAAGUCUAUCGUCUUCCACCAUCGCCACUUAAACCUGUGUGUUUAAAACUGUGUGAAACUUUGUUCUGGGUUAUAAUCCAUGUCCGUGUGGCACCAAGCUUUCCUGCCUUGCUCAACUCAGAUCCAGCAUUCAUUGCUUCCCAUGGAUUUUUGUACAGAACAGGUUACAUGCUGAUUUCCAUGACCUGUUGUAAGGUCAAAUACUACCUCAUUUGGAUUCUCGGUGAUGCCAUCAACAAUGCCUCAGGACUUGGGUUCAAUGGCUUCACCUCCUCAGGGCAGGCUAAAUGGGAUCUCAUUACAAACAUCAAACCAUUUUCACUAGAGUUGUCAACGAGUGCCAAGAUGUUUCUUGACAACUGGAAUAUCCAGACGGUGUCGUGGUUCCGAUACAUUUGUUACACGCGGAUUCCAUUUCAGCGCACACUAUUUACAUUUAUUCUGAGUGCGUUGUGGCAUGGCUGUUUUCCAGGGUACUAUUUCACAUUCAUCUCGGGGGCAUUCAUGAUCCAAGCUUCAAGGAUGGUUCGGCGGAAAGUGCGUCCAUUUUUCUUAAGAUCGACAUCGUUGAAGAUGUUCUAUGAUUUUAUAACUUUCCUGAUGACACAUAUUGCCAUAACAUACACUGGGGUAGCAUUCAACCUGCUUUAUUUCAAGCCUUCCAUGAUGUUUUAUAAUCACAUGAACUGGUGGCUACAUAUCGUGUGUGUGAUCGCAAUGCUGGUCUGUUUAGUUCUACCUAAUCAACCACGACAGCAAGAGGGCAAGGUCACGAUGAAGAAUGGACACACAUCAGAGACAAUAAAAUCCAGUUAG